AUGGAGAACAGCGGGAUCCAAUCGCAGAGGAGCUUGUCUUCGAUCAGCACAGUGGCUCAGUCCAGCGAUCAGCACGCGGCGGGAAGUAGCAGCAACCCGAAUGAGUUUGUGAAUCAAGGCCUUAUGCUCUGGAACCAGAUGAGACAACAGUGGGUUGGAAGCAAAAAGCGCCACUCUAGAUCUCAACAGCCUCGAGAACCAAAAUUAAGUUGGAACACGACGUAUGAGAGUCUGCUAGGAAGCAAUAAGCCAUUCUCCCAACCAAUACCUCUUGGUGAAAUGGUAGAUUUGCUUGUGGACGCUUGGGAGCAAGAAGGCCUUUAUGAUUAG